GAAGAAAGAAGCAAAGGGAGAGAAUGAAAGUAAAGGAGACACCAAAUACAGCAGCAGCAGACUGACUAUUUCUAAGAGGCGCCAUGAAAGCAGCUCUGCUAUGUAACUCUAUUAUCAUCUCUCCAACUCCGCUCUCCACAACGUUUCCCUCACGCUUAUCCCCCCUUAUCAUCAAGCCCAACCCUUUCUCCUCUCGAUCUCUUCUUACCGAGACCCUCGAAGGUGAAACUACACAAGAAACGACUUCCAACUCUGUUUGCCGUCGCCUCAUUCUGCUUCGCCACGCGGAGAGCUCCUGGGAAGAUCGCACAUUACGAGAUCAUGAACGCCCAUUAAGUAAAGCUGGACGGGUCGAUGCUAUCAGUGUUUCUCACAAGCUCCAACAGUUGGGUUGGAUUCCUGAACUUAUCUUAUCUAGUGAUGCUGCUCGAACAAGGGAGACACUUAAAAUUAUGCAAGAACAAGUACGAGGCUUUUUAGAAGCCGAGGUGCAUUUAUUUUCGAGCUUCUAUUCCAUUGCAGCAAUGGAUGGGCAGACUGCUGAGCACAUUCAAAAAGCUGUCUGUGAAUAUUCAAGGGAUGAAAUACUAACAGUGAUGUGCAUGGGACAUAACAGGGGAUGGGAAGAGGCUGCCUCAAUGUUCUCCGGUGCUUUGGUAGAAUUGAAGACAUCCAAUGCUGCUUUGCUUGAAGCUACUGGCAAGUCUUGGAAUGAGGCAUUUUCUCUCGCAGGUCUUGGUGGGUGGAAGCUUCAUGGCAUAGUGAAACCCAAUGCAAGUUAAUACGAUUUGAG